CUGUUCUCUUCGAUUCAGUAAGCACCAUGGCACCAGAAGAGAGCCAGGACAAGCCCGUCCACGUCGAAAACGAGGGCACGAGGGUCACCGAUGGAAGGAAACGAGCAAAACUCAGGCGACAUUGUGCCCGCUUCUGGUGGAUUCAUGUCCUUGUCUUCAUUGCCAUUGUCCUCGUCGUUGUGCUUCCAGUCGUCUUCGUCGCCUACCCACAUCAGGCUCAAUCUGCGAUCAACAAAUCGACCUUGAUGGUCACUUCUCAAUCAUUUCUCAACCCUGCACCGGACUCAGUCGACCUAGAAUUGAACAGUUUGUUCCUAUCAAACUCUAGUCUUCACGCAAAGCUAGAUGCUUUCGAAGCCGAUCUCACUCUGGAAGGUUCCGACACCCCCUUCGCUCAACUCUCGAUACCUGCAAUCGAAGCGGCCAAUGGCACCCAAGCUCAUGUCAACCAGAGGGUACUAAUCAAGAACAAGGAUCAAUUCUUCGACUAUGCAAAGACACAGAUCCUCAGCGAAGAGUAUGUUGUCCACCUUAAGGGCAAAGGUGGCCUGAAGUAUGGCAAGCUCCAAAAGACAACCGUCAAUUACAACGACAAAAUCACUUUGAAAGGCAUGAACGGCCUGAAAGGCUUCAACGUGACCGACUUCGAGCUCAUCACCACUUCACACCCCAGCGAUUUUAACGCCAACGGCACCGUUUUCAUCCCGAACCCAACAGUGACAACUUAUGAGAUGGGAAAUCUUACAAUGGACAUGUUCGUCGGCAACGUUUCGAUCGGCAACUCAACCGUCGAAAAUGUCGUGCUUCGACCUGGAAACAACACGUUCCCGUUACGAGCACUUGCGAACCAGACUGCAGUUGUCCAGCUUCUUUUCACCGACUACAAAUCUGGAAUUUUCCCUGUCAACAUUGUCUCCAGGGGAGUGAUCUACGACGGCGAGCACCUUCCUUACUACGAGUAUGCAUUACGAUCAAACAAUCUGACCAUUCAUCUGAAUGUCAUUGAGGUUCUGGAAAAGGCAGGAUUGGCAGGAUAUCUGGGAAUCAACACGACCAGCACCGCAAGAUGAUCAGGCACGGCGAUACCCACCAAGAUAGUGGAACCGACACAUCAUGCUGUUAAGAGAUGCACAUGCGAUAUCUAAUCAUUUAGAGCUCGUCG